AAUCAGGUCUUUCGUGCGCGCUGAAUGUCGACUGUGCCAUCGAUGUCCCAUCCUAAGCAGUUGUAUGCUGAAAGUAAAGAUAAAUUGUCUCAACGAAUCCAACAAAACAUAAACGCCAUCGCGUCUGUGUGUCGUGAAAUUCAUCGGGGCUCCAAGUCAGAAGAGGUGUUGGCGGAUAGUGCGAAGAAUACUCUUGCGCUUGAACCGUUUAUCGAAUCAACUUCUCAGGGUGUGGAGAAGUUGUCUGCGUUUGCCACUCAUCUGGCGUUUCAAGUGGAGUCCAUAGAAAACAGCGUUCAGCAAUUUGAAUCCGUUUUGGAGCUCGCUGAAGCUGUAAGAGGCAUCGAACCGAAGGAGGAGUCCAAGUGGCACAGUGCGCCCUGGAACGUCUGUAGAUAUGUUUUUCUUAUGAAAACUCCGGAAUUGAAUGAUCUCUUUGUCACAGUUGGCUUCAACGUAGUAGCUGUUGAGAAAUACAUCGAAGAGAAGGAAAUAACGUUUCCCGGAGGGAGAAAACAAGGCUCCGAAAAGGCCAAGAAAGACAACCUCAGUGAUAUUCCUGGUCCGGAUAGUUUCCUUACGUCUCGUAAACGGAACCAGCGAAUAUUAUCCAGACUGACGUAUUCUAUCUCCGAUCCUAUUACGUCUUUCAAGUUGUCCCAGAGCAGAAAUGCUAAGAAGUAUGAUAUCAUAGCUGUGAGACCUACUUCCCUCACCGGAUUGCAAUCAGCGUGUCAAACGAUUGAUGUUGAUAUCAUCCAACUUCGAAUUCCAUGCGAAUUCAAAUGGCCCCGAAAAAUGCUGUUGACCGCAAUCCGGCGAGGUAUUGCUUUCGAACUUUUGUAUUCGCCGAUGCUGAUGGAGUCGUCAAAAUGCAAACUCACGAUCUCAGUUGCGCACACCUUGUUCACGCUCACCAAGUCGAAAAAUCUGAUACUUUCUAGUGGUGCUAUAAACGGCAUGCAGUUGCGAGGACCCUUGGAUGUCUGCAAUUUAGCCGAGCUGCUGGGAUUUUCUGAGCAUGAAUCUAGGAAGUGUGUGACGGAUAACUGUCGAGCUGUAUUGCUGAAAGCUUUGGGCCGGAAGACAGUGAAGGGCGUUGCCUUAGUGUCACCAGUGACUCCUGAAGUUUCUGUGAUCGAUGAUACUCCAGAUUCUGCCUCUACGAAAAAUAUUCAAUCCUCGGCAGCACCUCGUUCAGUCAUGAAACGACGGAGAACACAAUCUCCGCAUCGAAAAAAUACUGGCGACUUGAGUGGUGAUACCUUUGGGGUACCAAAAUAUAAACUCUCAUCUAUGCUUCUUACGAUACCAUGACAUUUUUUGCUGUGUCACGCUGCCGUGUUCAAAUACAAUUUGUUGAGGAUGCGUAA